ACUAGGCAAAAUGUCAUGGCCGCCUUCGCCAUUGCGACAUAUGUACCGUGACAAGUCAUGUCAUUUGUGUCCAUGAUAUAUGAAAAAUUCCAAUGGCAGAUUCUUUCUUCGGGUUCGAUACUUCGUUAUCGAACUUAAAUGACGAUGAAGGAGGGGGAGAACCUUCGGAGGAUGAAUAUGAUGCCCUCAACGAUGAGACCUUUGGCCAAGGUUCCGACGAGUUCGAUUGGGAGGUGGAACAUGAACAGUUGGCUGAGCAGCUUGAGAGCAGUCGUCGACACAACAGUGGCGGCAUCGACGACCUCGCUAAUACGCAGCUUGAGGCAUCGCUAUCCCAGCUAGUGCUGGACGAGACGGACGCGCCGCACUCGCGCUCCUUCAGCUCCAGCGUGUGGAGACACGACCCCGUGUUCCCCACGCCGCCCACUCCAGUGCCGGCACUCAAGAAUGUGUGCACGGUCGAGGAGCUGGAGAGGCAACUGCGCCAGAAGCAGCAGCAGCAGACCUUCAACCAGAACUACUUCCAGCCAAGAUUCCCGCCGGUCAUAUUACAAAGGCCGCCAGGUCUUCAAGCGCCGGUACCACUGCCGUUCGCGCCGCAGCAACCGAUCAACCACGGGAUCAACCAAAUGAAUCAACCGCUCAACAAAAUGAUUAACCAAAUGGGGCAGAACAACCAAAUGAUCCCCAACCACGUCAACCCAAUGGGACAGAACUCUUUUAUGCAAAACAAUCAGAUAGGCAACCAGCUGGGCAACCAAAUGGGCAACCAGUUUCAAAAUAAUCCGAUAGGACCGGGCGGUAAUAUGAUGAGUCAACUCACGCAGAACAUGAGCGUGCACCAAAUGGGGCAAAACAACCAGAUGGUCAACCAAAUGGGCCAAAACUUAAACAUGACCCAGAGUAUGGGUCAACUCGGACAAAACAUUAAUCAAAUGGGACAAAACAUGAAUCAGAUGGGACAGAAUAUGAACCAGAUGGGCCAAAACGUCAAUCAGAUGGGCCAAAACAUGAACCCGAUCGGUUCCAACCAAAUGGGCCAGAAUAUGUCGAUGAACCAAAACCAUAUGGGUAACAACCAAAUGAGUCAGAACCACAACCAGAUGGGUCCGAAUAUGAACCAGAUGGGACAGAACCACAGUCAAAUGAUGCCCAACGGCAACCAGUUCCCGGGAAUGAACCAGUUCCCUCAUAUGAUGGGGCAACCAAGGAUGAUGGCUCCGCCACCCGGGUUGCCGAACAUGCCGAGACAGAAUUUUAACUCUAACAUGCCACAGUACAACCCUAAUUUUCGUGGACCAGCCAUGCAACAAAAGCCCGAACUAAACCAACCGAACAUGAUGAUGUCACAACCGAUGCUAAUAAAAAACCAACAGCAACCGAACAACAUCAAGAACUCUCCAAGCAACCAAAUGCUAAUACAGUCACCGCAAACCAAAAACCAGGUCUUAAAACCUAAAGAACAGAAGUUACAGCGGAGUAGGGUUUAUAAUAAUUCGAAAAUUGUGACUCCGACACCUCAGAAUAUGACUUCGCAGAACCUGGUCCAGUUGAUACAGAAUACUCAUCCCAUGUUGCAGUUUAAUAAUAGUUUUCAUAAUGCUAAUCAUCAUCCUAUGUUGAAUAAUAGGAGUAGUGCGCUCCCGAAUGCUCAGUUUAACCAUCCGAUGUUCAGUCAAAGGGUUAACGGGACUUUUAAUAAUAGGCAUUCGCUUAACGGCGACGACGCCAGCGGCAGCGACAGCGACGAGUACGCCGGCCUCAUGACGCAGAGAGAGAAACAGUGGCUCAUCAACAUACAGAUGUUGCAGCUCAAUACCGGGACACCCUAUAUACACGACUUCUAUUAUACGGUAUUCUUAGAGCGACAAGCCAGCAAAGAGAAGGAAGGUGUGAAGGAGGCGCAUAAAGCGAACCAACAGAACCAUCCCUUCUAUAGCGGAGGUGUGAAACAAGAGACCCACACUCACCGAGAGCGACACAACUCCAACCGCCACAACUCGACGAGCGAGGACAGCGGGACCCCGAGGACGUACGUGCCUACGCAGUUCGAGAACUCACUUGGGAAACUGCAGUGUGGCAGUGUGACAGCCCCCCGUAAGAUCAUCGACGUGGAAGUGGUGGGCGGCGACUCCGCCCCGUCCAGGAUGUCGCGCAUGUCCAGAGCCUCCAGCGUGGCCAGCACCACGCAGCCCCACGAGGUACCACGUGAAAUGAAAAGAACGAAACAGCUGUUACUGGAUAUUGAAGCGUUGUAUCUCAUAUUGUUACGGUUAGAGGAGCUUAACGACCCCCUGGCGAUAUCAAACGCGCUUAUAUUGAAGGAAAGAGAAGAGAAACAGAAGCAGUUAGAAGCAGCUCAGAAGGAGGAGAGCGAACAGCAGGACCUGUCCAACCUGUUUCUCAAGAACAUCGAGUCUGUCCAGCGGAGGCCCAAGCAGGAGAGCCCCAAGAGCGAGAGCAUCGACAAGAGACAGGUGGUCAACCUAGCAGUGAAUCAAAAACCGGCCCCUACUAAGAAUCUUCUAGAUGAAGAUAAAGAGGACCUGGUGAAUAAGAUGUUCGCGGGCCUACUGCACAGCGAUCGAUUACAGCAGAUGUUGUCCGUUAGGAAGGGCAGGUCGCUGGUGGCGCGCUUCGUGCGGCGCGUGCCGGGCGCGCACGCGCGGCUGCGCGGCGUGUGGGCGCGCGCGCUGCGGGCGCUGCCCGCCGCCGCCAGGAGGGACGACGGCGGCCUGGCCGCGCUCGCGCCGCACUACGCCAGUUACAUCCAAACGACGUCCGGUUGGUCACCGAUCUUGGAGUCGUCGAGUCUGUUGGCGGAGGCCUUCGAUCCUGCGCGGACGCCCUACGCACUCACCACCUCGUUCACACUAAGCUGCGUCGUAGCAUUAAUAGAGAAAGCAUCGAUGUUAAUAAACACACCGGAAGCGACAUCAAACGAGCGGCAAUGGUCGAAAUUCCUGAAGACUUUAGCGAGAGCGUUGAAAAACACGACACUCAACGUUGCCAGACCGCUACAGCCCAUGCCAGAACACCGGCUUAUACACCACAUAAAACAAUUAGAAUCCAGAAGUACCAUUGAGAUUCUACAAAGAGGUAAAACCGCUACGGAGUUCGCGGAUUUGACGAAAGCGGAUGUGUCCGAACAACUUAUCAAACAUCUGUGUUGAUAUUGGCGCCAAUGUUUGACGAAAACUUGACCGUAAACCGAACCUCAGUUAAUGAGUUUGAAAUGUUGCGCCAAUGUUGGAUGUUGGCUUAGUUUGGUUCGUAUUUAUAUAUCUGAUUAUAAAUAAAAUCAUUGUCCGUAACUUUAGUGUAAAUAAUUCAAUAUAACACUAUUAUUAUAUAAAA